GGGGUGGGUUUUCCCAAUUUGGGAAAUAUCUCUCUCUCUUUGUGAGCUGGGCCAUGGACACUAGUCAAGUGCUGUAUGUGUUACAUGUGUUCGUCCUGCCGGUUUACUCUUAGUUUACUAGUUUGAGUAGUUUCACUUUCUAUUUCUGUCCAUGAUUACUGGAAACAAAUCACAGAUAUACUCAGAUUAUUUGUGCAGUGUCAAUCCAGCAGCAUCAAAAUUUAAGGUUAAUGCUGUGUGACCCUGUCUCACUUCUGCAUUCACCAUGCCAAAGACAAGAAGGAGGAGUGUAAAGGAUGAGAAGAUGGAGAGGAAUCUUGAGACAGUUCAAAGUUUGACGGAUAGGGAGCUGAGAGAUGAACUCUCGUAUUACAAAAUUUCAGCAGCUAUUACAGCUUCAACAAGAGGGGCAUAUGAAAAGAAGUUGGCAAAUCUGAUGACAAAUCCUCCAGCCCCACCCCCAAGACAAGAGGAGGAAGAAGAGGAGGAGGAGGAGGAGGAAGAAGAAGAGGAAGAAGAAGAGGAAGAAUUCAGUGAUUCUGAACCAGAAGAAAUUCAAACUCCCAGGAUAUCUGCACGAGGAGAUGCUAGAGAGAGGCAAACUCCUGCCACCACCAGACGUCGAGCAGCAGCAGCAGAGGAGAGAGUAGACCAAGAACAACAAACCAGUCCAAGGAAGACGGAGGUUGUCAUUGAAGAAGAGGGCGGUAUAUCAUUCUGGGUCCAGCUUCUCAUCCUUCUCUUCAUCGCUUCCGUUGUCUUUUUGAUUUGGUAUUUUAGCCAGGACAGACAAGAUGGCGGCUCCACUCCUGGAGUCACGCAAGUUUAAAUAAUGGUCCAAUAUUCUGUUGUCUGUUCCUCAGGUUAUUUCUAUUCAGCUUAUCUGCUUUGAGCCAUAAUGGUGCUGUUAACUUGAGUCAAGAGUAAAGUGAUUUGAGUUAUUAACCCAUAUGUUUUCAAAUAUUUCAGCAGAACCCUUCUUUCAGGAACCCUGCCAUAAAAUGGUAUCAGAAUUUGUAUUUUAAUAUUUUUAAAAGAUCUGACAUGACAGUAUAGCCAAACCUAUCGACAUGAAAGGUCACCCAAGGGUAGAAGAAUGAGGUUACUGUUGACGAAUGUUAACUUGGUGGAAAGUGGUUUACAAGUGACCUUUUCAAGACAGCUUCCAACACAUCCUACAAAAUACAUGACUGGAUGCAAGUGACUGUUAAAAAGGAGUUGUCAUUUAGACAUGCUUGAGUGUAUUUUGAUAUGGUAAAGCACUGUUUUCACAGGGGUCAGAGAUAUUUUGUAUGGAUUUGAAUGUCAAUGUCUAAUUUAUGCAACAGAAGAUUUUUUUUAAAAGAUUUGCCAAUUGUUUGCGGUGUCUCUUUGUGUCGCUUUUUGUUCGAAAGAAGUUUAAAGAAUUAAAAUUACUCACGAACAAAAAGCGACCCCCAGGAACAAUAGCGAAGCUACCAAACAUGUAAGGGCACGAUUUAUGCACUUAUUUUAGUUUUGUAAAAUUUGAAUGUUGCCAUUUUUUUACAUUUGCAUUUUUGCAAACUUUCGGAAAACGUUUGAGAGCCCCUUGAAAAUGAUGCUUUACUAUAGAUACAGUUUCUUUAUCUUUCGAACAAGGUUUUUAUGACAUGGUUCUAGACAUUUUGUUGUAAAUAUAAUUUUGUUUCUUUGUAGAUAUAUAGUGUAAUGAGAGAUUGAGGAGAGAUAGGGGGGAGAGAGAGAUCAUUCAGCGUGGAGUGCCCUGAUACCUGUAUUAUAUGUAAGUAUUACUGUUUGGCAGAUAUUAUUGUUGCAGUUUAUUUAUCAUCUAAUUUGCAAAUUAAUCACUGGGAAUGUAAUUUUUGCUGAACAGAAUAUUUCUAGCCAUUGAUUUUGAAAUCAUAACAAACUUGUGCUGUAUCCCACUGGCUACAGUGUGAAUAUGAGCAACAUGGGAUAUACAAAUACCUUGUGAAAAUAUUGUUUUGAUCCGCUACAUCAUUAAGUAUAAUGUUUAAAAAUAUUUUGAUUGGAGAUGACUCCUUUUUUUUUUUAGAACAUAAAUUUUUGUCUGCUAUGACUCAAGUCUCUUUGAAACACUGAAAAAAAAAAAAAAUUUUGUUUCAUAUACUGCCAUUUGUUGUGAGUCAUAAUUUAUGUAUCAUCCCGUUUUUAGGAAGAGAUUUUAAAAAGGGAAAUGGCUAAUUUCAUCAACUGUCUAGCAAUAUGAAAUGAAUCCACUUUGUGCUGCUCUUGAUCAAGGUGAAGUCCAAUUUGAUUAGCACUUAUUUUUCAAAUCAGCAUCUGUAGUAUUUUUAUCGCUGCAUAUUGCCUUUUAAAAUUGAUGUAUCAGUCUCAGUUAUACUUGUAAAUGGAGAUCGAUACAGAAAUUCUACUGUUUAUUUGCUCAUUUGUAUGAGAAAACAAGUCAUUUUGAAGUUUCAAUAACAUAGCCGAAAUGAGGAUAUAAAGGCAAUCCUGUAAAAUAUGUACGUCCGACCCCCUAUAUGUGGGACAUUCAUGAAAUUUUCUGUCACUGAUUUCUUGUUCUUUUGAAAGUCUGUAAUGUUCUCAAAGGACCGUGACGUGGUCAGUUUAUGAAGUGAAGUAAAACUUGAGAAAAAUGGGGUUCGGACGUACAAAAAGGUUGGAUCAUUUUAUUGAAUUGCUCAUAAGGGACUAUUUUCCUUCAGUGUUUUUAAGCAGCUGACUUAAAAUGAAGUAUAUUAUAUAAUUUUAGUACUCUAUUUCAAAGUUAUUGGGCCAAAUUACAAAAUGCGACCAGUCACUUGGUCUAGAAUGGAUCAAGAGCUGAUCAAUGCAUAUUACACAAAUUCAGCUUUAAUGGUAUGGUCAGUAAUACUAUGCUUACAAAGAAAUCCAUGAGAAAGGCUUUUUAUUCUGAUGCUGAUCUAUAGUACUUGAUGACAAAAACCAAAGAAUUAACAUGACAUUAUGGGAGCCAUGAUGUUAUUCAUUUGGUGUUAAAUGGCCAUUUUACUGAAUGUAAAUCAUUGAUAAACUUUCUUGUUCUAUUCCAAGUAAUUUCACCACAUAGAUUUUGGCAUGUGCAAUAGCCACAAAUGAAAUUUUGUAUUGUGAGAUUUGCUCAGAUAUAAAAAAUAAGUAUUUAUUCUACUGAAAUUGAACCUGAAUACUGGGUUAAGAAAUUCUGAUUCUACCUAAAUGGCCAUUUAAAAAGUACCAGAGGAAGAAAUGGCUUUUGCUACUGUAUGGUGUAUAAUGUUCAUGUGCUUCCCUUUUUUUUCUGAUAACAAUAAGAAAAUGAAGUGCAGAUUUACCAUAAUGCUAAGAAGUUGUGCCAAAGUUGAUAUAUAUUUGGUGGCAUACAUGUACUGUUGAAUAUCAUAAUGCUUUGCUGAGUUUGGUCAGGUGUAAUGCUGAAAACAUGGCAGUCUUAUAGGGAAUGAAAAAUGUAAAAUUUAUACUUCAUAAUUCUGCAAUUCACUUUUUUUAUUACCACUGUACAGUAAUAUAGAGUGUUCUAUUUGAAUGUCAAAUGAAAUUGUUGAUUUAUCAGAAUCAUAAUGUAACGUCAAAUUUUAAUUUUGUUCAAUAUUUUAUUGGUUCUGAAAAUAGAAACCUUAAAUCUAAUUAAUGCAACAAUUUGUAAACAGUACAUGUAUGCAAUUUAUUACAUACAUAUAUUUUUUAAUUUGAAGAUCACGGCAUUCCAUGUAAAUGUUCCAUUUUAUUAUCAUUUUUAUUCCAAUUCAUUGGCUCCCUUGAAGGUUUUACUGGCUAUUGAUGAAUGAUGUUUCAUGUGAAGCCAAUGAAUUCAGAUUUUCAAUCCUUGUAAAUAGUUUAUGACAUUAGAUGUCUUCUUCUUUUUGAACUUCUUUCGAGUGAUGUUUUUGGAAUGAUUGAAUGGAUAUUUCUAUCUAGAUGAGAUAUUUAAAUAAAACUUGUACAUAAUACUGCCUUUUACCAAGAA